GCACCGGCGCCGCUACCCUGUCAGCCGCACUUGGGUUCGCAGAGGGGACGAGCCGGGGCAAGCGCCUCUCGGCCACCACUCCACAGCCGGACGGCCAGAUUUGCGAAGAGUCCUCGCUCCAGCCGGCACUCGGGGGCCGGGGCUGGCCGGCCCGGCCGGUUCUGCGGGCACCCGGGGAGGUCCCGGGAGGCCCGGGAAGCCAGGCUACCGUGGGGCGUUGAUGAAAAAGGAUGACAGUGAAGUUGGGCGACGGCGGCAACGGGGAGGAAGGGCUCAAGAAGCUGGGCAAGCGGUCGGCCGAUGAAGAGUCCCUGGAAGGAGAAGGGGCCGGCGGCGCCGACGCGGCCGAGGAGAGCCGCGGCACAAAGAGGGACGAGAAGACCCCCCGGACCGGCGUUGACGGCACCCCCGCGCCCCCCGGCGCGCCGCGGGCGUCGUCCCCGCCGCAGGGCAGCCCCCAGGACCAGCACCACUUCCUGAGGUCCAGCGUGAGGCCUCAGAGCAAGAGGCCUAGGAAGGACCCGCCGUGCCCGGUGGGCAGUGGCGGCGCCGGCGGUUCGGGGCCCCGAGGAAAAGGAACUGAAGGUGUUGGAUCAUCAUCAUCUGGAAAUGUGCCUGGGGUUUCCCCCACCACCCCUGCAGGGGGCUCGAGGUCCUCCUCUCGGAACUUAGGUUCUUCUGGUGGUGAGAAGGAAGAAGGCAAAAAGGCCCGGCGGCAGUGGGAGUCAUGGAGCACAGAGGACAAGAACAGCUUCUUCGAGGGGCUGUAUGAGCAUGGGAAAGACUUUGAAGCAAUCCAGAACAACAUCGCCCUGAAGUACAGGAAGAAAGGCAAACCUGCAAGCAUGGUGAAGAACAAGGAGCAGGUGCGCCACUUCUACUACCGCACCUGGCACAAGAUCACCAAGUACAUCGACUUUGACCACGUGUUCUCACGAGGGUUGAAGAAGUCUUCUCAGGAGCUGUAUGGCCUCAUCUGCUAUGGCGAGCUACGCAAGAAAAUUGGGGGCUGUAUGGAUGACAAGAAUGCGACGAAGUUGAACGAACUCAUUCAGGUUGGGGCCACCACCGUACGUUACAAAGGGAGGAACCUGCGGAUUAAAGCACCCAUGUGCCGGGCCCUGAAGAAGCUCUGUGAUCCAGAUGGUUUGAGUGAUGAAGAGGACCAGAAGCCUGUGCGCCUGCCUUUGAGGGUUCCUGUAGAGCUGCAGCCACGCAACAACCAUGCCUGGGCCCGUGUGCAGAGCCUUGCUCAGAAUCCGCGCCUCAGGAUGAUUGUGGAGCUUCAUCGUAAAGUCUCCAGCCUCAUCGAGUUCUUGAAGCAGAAAUGGGCACUCCAGGAAGUGCGAAUUAGGAAGACGCUAGAGGAACGGCAGCUACAGGACUCUUGCACUGCGCCCACACAGGAGAAGGUGACGCUGCACCUGUUUCCGGGCGAGAACUGCACACUGACACCUCUGCCUGGUGUGGCCCGAGUGGUGCACUCCAAGGCCUUUUGUACCGUGCACUGGCAGGAGGGUGGCCGGUGCAAGCAGAGUGCCAAGGACGUCCACUCACUGCCCCCUGCCCAGAUCCUAGGCAUCCAGAGUGGGCAGGGCACAGCCCGGGGCCAUGUGAAGUGCCCACGGGGUAGUGCUGAGGGCAAGAGCGGGGGGCGGCCCCCUCCUACCACUGACAUGUCACAGAGCUCUGGAGAGAGUUCCCCUGAAAGUGCCCCUGGGGAAGGGGCCACCCCAAGCCUGAGUAGCCCUGAUGCUCCUGACAGGCUUCCCUCUGGGCACCACGACACUGGGCCAUAUUUGGAAAAGACCCCUGCAGUGGCUCCUGUAGAGGGUGGGAAUGGCCCUACCCAAAAGCUGGGGGCCCAAGAAAUGGGGCCAUGUGCCUGCAGCCAGCUUCCAGACCUGGAGGACGAGCUUUCAAUCCUAGACCCCUUACCCCGCUACUUAAAGUCCUGUCAGGACCUCAUUGUCCCUGAGCAGUGCCGCUGCAUGGACACACAGCUGGGGGGCGUGCACCCUCCUCCUGGUGAGGCUGUCUUCCCAGAGGUUCCCACCAUUGGCAACAAGGAGGCUGCUGACCUCACCCCAGCUGGGCCUGGGCUCCUGCCAGAUAUUUGCACUAAAGACUUGGCAGAUGCACCUGCAGAGGAGCCCCAGGAGAAGGGGUGCCCCUCAGAGCCUCUGCCGCCUCAGGGACAGCCUGCCACCAAGCCCCCAAAGGAGGUCCCCACCAGCCGGCUGGCCCAGCAGCUCCGAGAGGAGGGCUGGAACCUGCAGACCUCUGAAAGCCUUACGCUGGCCGAAGUCUACCUCAUGAUGGGCAAGCCGAGCAAGCUGCAACUGGAGUAUGACUGGCUGGCUGUGCUGGGCUCUGAGGGCCAGGAGCCUGGAGGGCAGGGCCAGGAGCCUGGAGGGCAGGGCCAAGGCACUAGCCUCAGCUCUCCACAUGCCACCUUGCACAAGCAGCACCUCCUUCGCUGCCUCGUGAAGCUCAUCUCCACCGAGGUCAACCCCAAGCUGGCUCCAGAAGCAAGUGUCACGUCCACAGCCUCAGUGAGGCCCUCCCAGGAGGAACAGUCAACAACACCCCCAGGGAAAGUUGUGACCAUCAGCUCCCGCAGCCCCCGCUGCCCCCGAAACCAGGCCACUCUCCGCAGCAGCAAGACCUUCCCACCCACCUCUACACCAUGCUCCUCAGAUUUGCGAAACCCUCCAAGACCCCUCUUGGUAGCUGGUUCUUCUAGCACAGGAAGCAGUGACUCAGAUGGUAGCCUUUUUGCUGUCCCAACAACUUUGCCACCCAACAGCCGCCAUGGGAAGCUUUUCUCUCCCAGUAAAGAAGCAGAACUGACUUUCCGUCAGCACCUAAACUCCAUCAGCAUGCAGUCGGACUUCUUCUUGCCAAAACCCAGGAAAUUGCGGAACCGGCACCUGCGGAAGCCAUUGGUGGUCCAGAGAACGCUGCUUCCUAGACCUGAAAACCAGUCCCACAACGUUUGUUCCUUCUCCAUCAUGUCUAAUUCCUCCAUAACUGGGAGAGGUUCAUUCCGGCCCAUCCAGUCUUCUCUGACCAAAGCAGCUCUUUCUAGGCCGAUUGUGCCCAAGGUCCUUCCAUCCCAGGCCUCGAGUCACCUAGCCAGUGCUAUCGACUUAGCUGCUAAAAGUGCAGGCAUCAUACCCGGGAGCCCCCUCCCUGUCCUGGACACCGAGGGCUUGUCUGGCCUCUCUACACUAUCUUCAGAUGAGGUAGCAGCUGCUGUCUCUGCUCAGGACUCCACUGUGGCCCACCAGAAUGGAGACCGUGUGUCCGCCAUGGGAGGCACAGGUGACCCAUUUGUCAGUGUCCCCUCGAGACCUGAACAAGAAUCGGUGACAGACAAUUUCCAGGGCUCAUCUGUUCUCUCCUUAUCUGAGCUGCCCAAGGCUCCGCUCCAGAAUGGGAUGUCCACACUAUCCUCAUCAGAGGCUCCCUGCUCCCGGCUCUCUCCACCCGACGUCUCUGCUCUGUUGGACAUCUCCCUUCCAGGCCCUCCUGAGGACGCGCUUUCGCAGGGAGAGCCUGCCACACACAUCAGUGACUCCAUCAUCGAGAUCGCCAUCAGCUCUGGCCAAUAUGGUGAAGGAGUUCCUCUUUCUCCAGCAAAGCUGAAUGGUGGUGACAGUUCUAAGAGUCUUCCCUCCCCAGCCAGCAGCCCCCAGCCGGACUGGAUUGCUUCUCCUACCCAUGACCCUCAGUGGUACCCUAGUGACUCUACAGACUCCUCACUCAGCAGCUUGUUUGCAAGCUUCAUUUCCCCAGAGAAGAGCCGGAAGAUGUUGCCAACUCCCAUUGGGACCAACAGUGGUACCUCUUUGCUUGGCCCCAGCUUAUUGGAUGGAAACUCACGGGACUCAUUUGUGUCCAGGUCCCUGGCUGAUGUUGCAGAGGUGGUGGAUUCCCAGCUGGUGUGCAUGAUGAAUGAAAACAGCAUCGAUUACAUAUCUCGGUUCAAUGAUCUGGCCCAAGAGCUGUCCAUCGCUGAGCCCAGCCGCCGAGAGGUUCUGUUUGAUGGUGGUGGAGGCGGCCCCCCUGUCGGCGACCUAUCUCAGUGACCACACCUCAGACCAGGUGUAUCCUGGAGGCUGCAAAGGAGAACUUGUGGGGCUAGAGGUUUGUGGUAGAUGAAACCCUCUUCAAGCUAGAGAGAACAAAUUGAGCUCAGAACUCCAGAAGAUGGUCUGAAGAGAGGCACCUCUGCACCCCAGAAUGUGCCCCAUGUGGAACCCCUGGUCAUGAGCUGUGUCCCCACAAGCAGAGGGCAGUGAUACCCUGAGAGACCAGGAAGAGUUCUUGGGGAGGGCUGACAUCAGAAAUUGCUGUGGUGCCGGAGCAGCUCCUUGCCAGUCACUGGGCCCUGUGUUAGGAUGUGUGUAGCUGUGCCAUUUCAGUCCGUACUCUGCCUCAAUUGUUGUGUUGGACAUUCCGGUGGGUUUUCUUUCUGAAAGAAGGAAGUGUGUGUGCCUUGGUGUAGUUGCUGCAUGCUGGGGAGGUGUUGUCUCCCCUUUCUCGGCAGGGAGGCCCCAGGCCACUGCUGCAUUCUUUCUGCCAAACCAAUGUCACACUUGGAUUGCUCCCUCUGAAGGAAGGAUGGGGUAGGACUAUUGGGUGUGGCCUGGGCUCCUGCCUGUACCCUAAGACUGCAAACACUCAAAGGUCAUAGGUCUGUAGCCAGUGCCAUCAGUCCAUAAACACUCACCCUCUAGUGCUCUCCAUCUAGAGGCUGUCCUGACUUCACAGGAAGGGGGACAAGAACCACACCUUAUGCAGGUCGUGUGGACUUUAUGUAUGGUCCUGCUAAGCUGGUUGAAAAUGUUUUUCUUAUGUUUUUAAGAAUUAAGAGAUAAGGAAGACGAUGACGAAUCCCUAUUUAGUUGGUUUCCUACCUAUGUCCAUUUGCAGGUUUCUCCCAGGGAUCUGUUGGGGUGGCCCCUAAGCACUAAGGCGACUACAGAAGAGAAUUUCUUGAUGAGUUCUUGAACUUGUGUGUUAUUGUUUGAUAUCUGGGAAAAAUCUGCCUUUUCAGGGAAAGUUUUCUCUCCUUCAGAGCCUUCUCUUCCUUCCAGUGUCAUUGGUGUAGGCCUGAUGUACAUACUUAAUCCCUCACGCAUGCCUUUGCCCCAAGGCCUCCUGUUUCUCUUCUUUCUGUUCAGGGCACCUAGGCAAGGAUUUAGAUGUCCAGAUGUAGUCAGAGCUCACCAAACCCCCUUUUGGUGGUCUCCCUCUUUGAGCCCCUCCAGGUAAUCAGUAUUAUAACUGCAGAUGGCCCAACGUCCACUCUUUUGCCAGAAUGGAACUAACAAGGGCUCCUUUGCCUUCUCAGCCUCAGGAGUUCUAAGCACAUAAGUCACCGUCCAGCCAUAUCCUUUGUGGCCAGGAGCCACCUUUGUGGUGUUGGGCAGGUGAUGCCUGCACCCCUAUCUCACCUCCUGCUUAACCCCCACCCAGCAGCUGGGACUGAUCCUCUCCACAUUCAUGAGGCAAGCAGCAGUCCUCAAGGCUGCCCUAGCCCUCUCCACAGCUUCUCUCCCUGUCUACAAAGAAGGAAGCCCACUGAAAAGGCAGAAGAAAGGCCUCGGCAUGGACAAGCAGGUGGAUGCCUUUGAUUCUGCAGUCCUACAGCUGCAGCUGCUGCUGCUGUAGACCCCAGGCGGUGAUACACUGCAGGACAGCAGGCUUCCAGGCAAGAGCUUCCUUUUUUCUUCCCACAAGUUUUUCUUGGUCCUCUUGCCUCUGAGGUGGUUUCCCUCCUUCAGUCCUUGACACAGAAUCUUAGGAAAAAGUCCCAAAGCUCUGGAGGGAUUAAAAAAGGAACAUGGUGCCACUUUAUUAAGAGCAAUAGACAGCAGUGUUUGAACCAGAGUAUCUUUAAACUAGCUUAUAUUUAAUGCUUAAUAUGUCAGUCUUCUGAAAUUAGCAUCUAAUUGAGCUGAAGAUCAGUAGCUCUCCCUUGCUGGGCAUCUGACUUUGCCAGGUCUACAGUAGGUUAGGACACCAAGCUGAUUUUAGGCUACUACUAGCUUUCUCACAUUCUCAUAGUCUAGGGCCAGAGAUGCCAAGUAACAAUAUCACAUUGAUGCUGGAAGCAGUAUCCAGUGGCAGUGCAUUAUGUGCCAGGGAUGUAGGGGUGGCCUGUCAGAGGACGCCCUGAGGCAGUGUAGUAUGUCAUUUGGCUCCUUUUGCCCAGUGAUAUCUAAUGGAGAAAACUUUGGAGGUUGGUAUCUGCUUUUGUAGGCUCAUUAUAACAGUAGCCCCCAUUUUGUGCUCUGGCUUAGACUCUCUCUGGGAGCAGCUGACUGUAGCUAUUGUCAUCCAGUGGGUAGGUAGUUUAGGGAAGAGAGAGGACUGACUCAUCUCUCCUGGAUUAAAGCUGACAGGAUUCCAGAGAAUUCUGCUUCUUUUCUAGCUGCCAGAUGGGUGUAUACAUUUGCUUGCCAUAAGAAGGGGAAAUUUACAAAUGAAAAACAAUGGAUGCAUUUUCUCCCAGCCUAAAUGAAUAUUUUAGUACAAACAAAGGCAAUGUUAAAGGUGGGAAUCUUCAAAAACUCCAGCAGAAAGGCUGUCUACUUUCUGCAUCUUCCUGUGCUUUUCCAAGGGAAGUUAUGAGUCUCAUUAGGAACAUGUGGCCUCCUUUGUGCAUUUGAACAUGUUGUGGAUUCAGAUGAGAUCAGUUUCUUAGAAAAAAUCUUUCCCUAAUCCCUCUAAUCUUGUCUGAGGUCUUUCUGCUGAUUCAUCUUUUCUAAAGAUUGAGACUGAGUAUCUUUAGUGUCAAGGAAGUUAGUGUUUUGGCUUUGAUUGUUGAUUGUGAAUGUACAGUAAAGGAUUCCAUCCUUUAGAAGAUGGGGAGGCAAGUUGAACUUCAUACUUUCAUGACAUUUUUUCAUCUUUCUGUAUCAUAGGUGUAGAGUACUUGCUCAGGGAGUGGGAAUCUGUGGGGUCAUUUCCUCAUUUGAUCUGCUUGUUUUCCCACACAUCUCCAGUUUCGUAGCAUCAGAAUUCCAUUCUUUAUUAUUCUGUAUGGUGCCUCAUUUCUGGUGGAUGUCCUUUUCAGUUUAAUAGUGUCUUUAACUAGAUUACACCAUUGAAUCCAAACUUGGUCUGCAAAUAAAGUUGUGAGAUACAAAACACUGGGAGCAAGGGAAGAAGACAAUUUUGUUUUCCCUUUAAGCAUUGAGACUUAGCAGAUGCAUUGGUGAGGAAAUAUGGCACUUUGUCUUAAGAAAAAAAGAAAAGAUGAAUUUAAAAAAAAUACAACAAACCAGCUGUCAAAGUUCUCCUAAUGUCACAAUACUUUAAGUCAUGUCUUGGAAGCACUACAGCAACCGAUGCCCUUUGUUCUCUAAAAGGAUAACUGGCUCUAGGUAUGGUCCGGACAGCAGAAAUUAUUGCUGUUUCCUUUAAUAAUUGUUAAGCCAUAUCAUCUAAGGUUUUCGGCUUGUUUGAGAUGUGAAUUUGUUUUAUAGAUUAUAAAUAUAGUGUAUGUAUAAAGCAGAAUGCCUGUCUUUCCUGAUUAUUUUUUGUACCAUAUUGUAAAUUAUAUUAUUUAUUCUUUACCAAUUUGGGAAUAAAAGGUGUUUUGGUUAUUUAAUAUAAUAAACAAGAGCUGUUAAACUUCUGUUUAAAUUUCCAGUUCAACUUGUAAAUGUUUUUAUUGUGCAUAAAAUACACUAAUACUUGAUCUAA